AUGCCCUUCACCCGCAGCCUCUACACGAAUAUGUCUCCGGACGAUGAGCAAUGCUUUAAUCAGGCGUUGAGUCCCGAGCUGAGUCCACACUCACGCCCCAUGGAUUUCUUUCCCUACACCAAAGCCUCCGAGACUUUCCCCGCCAACUGGUCUUACGACGGCGCGAUGGAUCUCUUCCCCCUGGACCCGGUGGAUCUGAACACACUCGGCUUCGACUUUGCCAACGGGGUCCCGGACGCCGACUCGAAAGAUCUCUUCAUGGAUCCCUUCAACCCUUCCACGACCAUUGGCGGGCUGAGCAUGCCCACAGCCGACGACGCGCACUCUGUUUCCUCAGAAUUUGAGAGUGACGACCAGUCAUGGUCGUUGAGCGCCCGGCCUUCCAUCGACAUGACCGCCUCGUCCACAUCCUCCACAACUUCUCCAAAUGUCCCGCCGAAACCCUUCACUCGCUCGUCUCUCGCCAGCGCCCCUACGGCGAGUCCCUGUGCUUCAACACGCUCCUCCUCCAGUCCCGAAAUCAAGCCUCAAGAGCACAAGAUGUCUCGUGCCGACAAGCGACGCAAGACUCGCAGCCUACCUGUCGAUGAGGCAAAUACCGAGGCCACCGCCCCAGAACCAGCCGCCGCCUCUAAAGAUACUCAAAAUCGUAAUGCUGCCAAGCGUGCCGCACACAACAUCAUUGAAAAGCGCUACCGCACAAACAUGAAUGCCAAGUUCCUCGCUUUGGAACAGGCUAUCUCGCCCGCCAGUGUACGAAAAUCUUCUCGUGCGGCGGCUCAUGUGCCCGCAGUGGGUGCAGGUUCUCUGAAAAAAUCCGAGAUCCUGAGCAAUGCCUUGAUCUACAUUGAGCGCAUUCAGCAGGAAAAUUUAGCCGCACAGAAGGAGUUGGCCCUGUUAAAACAGGGCCUUGUCUCCGGCGGUAUGUGGAGAUCAACCAAGCAAGGUCGACCGUGA